AUGGAAAAAUAUAAUAUUCGAAGUCCUCAAGAAAUUCCAGAAGAAGACAUGUCAGAUGUAGAUAAUAGAGAAGGUGAAGAUAAUCUAUUUAAAAGCCCCCACAAAAGAUCAUUCGUGGAUACUUCUAAAAACAAAUCACCUAGCAAAAAAGCCAAGAAACAGGUUAACAGAGAGGAUUCUCCUACAUUGAAAAAAUUAAUUCAGGAAUUGACUUCACCAACCUAUCAACAAGUUGAAGGCCCCAUCACUUUGCAGUCGAGUGUCUUUGAGAUGGACGUAAGCUCGCUUGAUUUUCUCGAUUUAUAUAAUAAGAUCGAUACUGCCGAAGACAAUCUUCAGAGAACCACCCAUGAUUUGAUUUGA